AUGCAACCUCUAAGUUGGUACUCGGAAAAUAAUGUGAUUGUUCACGUUUCUGACAAAGCUAAACAUAUUGAUACUGCUGCCAAAAUCGUUACAUCUGAGGGUGGUCUCUCAAUUUCGUAUGAUGAAUGUAUCCUUGCCACGGGUUCUUAUCCAUUUGUUCCUCCGAUCCCUGGUUGGAAUAAACCCGGGGUUUUUGUCUAUCGAACUAUAGAGGAUCUGAAUAAUAUAAUCGCAUACGCUGCCAACUCGAAGCGUGGUGCUGUCAUAGGAGGUGGCUUGCUUGGUCUAGAAGCUGCCAAAGCUCUGAAGGAUUUGAAUUUGGAUGUGACAAUCAUCGAAAUGGCACCGGUCUUAAUGGCCAGGCAGUUGGACGCCGAAGGCGGAAGAAUGCUUCAAAAAGAAAUAGAAAAACUUGAUAUUAAAUGCGUUCUUGGUGUUCCUCCAAAAGAAAUUACUGUUGAUGAAGAAGGAAAAGUUAAUGGUAUUCGAUUUGAGGAUAGAGUAAUAGAUUUGGAUAUGGUAAUUGUUGCUGCGGGUGGUGUGUUUGUGGACGAACGACUACAAACCAAUGAUCCUCAUGUUUAUGCUAUUGGUGAGGUCGCUUUGCAUGCCGGUAUGAUCUAUGGUCUUGUUGCCCCCGGUUACGAUAUGGCUGAUGUUGUCGCAGCAAACCUUGCUAAGAAAGAUUCUGAUAAACGCUUUCUUGGUGGUGAUUUAUCAAGUAAACUUAAACUUCUUGGUGUUCAUGUUGCUAGUUUUGGUGACUACUUCGCUAAAGAUGACGUGGCAAUGCCAUUGGUUUAUAAUGAUCCCUUCGGCUCGGUUUAUAAAAAAUAUAUAUUUUCCAAAGAUGGUAAACAUCUUCUUGGUGGUAUAAUGGUUGGUGAUACAGAAGAUUAUACAAAACUUCAUGCUUUGUUCAAGUCUAAAAAACCAUUAACUAUGCCUCCUGGUGAGCUUAUUCUCGGUGUAAAGUCCGGACAAGCUCCGGGCGCAGAUGAUCUUCCUGAUGAGGCUCAAAUUUGUUCAUGUAACAAUGUCACAAAGGGAGAGAUACGUGAAUCUAUUAAAAGUGGUGACUGUCGUUCUGUCGGUCAAGUCAAAUCAUGUACAAAAGCCGGUACAGGUUGUGGAGGAUGUAUACCACUUGUGACAGAAAUAUUCAACGCAGAAAUGAAAGCUUUGGGUCAUGUUGUAACACAGCAUAUUUGUCCGCAUUUUAACUAUACUCGUUCUGAACUCUUUCAAAUCAUUAAAAUCAAGAAGCUCAAGAACUUUGAGGAAACUCUCAAAAAAAUUGGCAAUGAAGGGUCAUCCGGUUGUGAAGUGUGCAAACCGAUGGUCGCAUCUAUUAUUGCCAGUUUAUGGAACGAGCCUAUUCUAGAUCAUUGGGGUAUUCUAGACACAAAUGAUCGUUACCUCGCCAACCUUCAACGAGGUGGAUCAUAUUCAGUGGUUCCACGCGUUCCAGGUGGUGAAAUCACACCCGAAAAACUUAUUGUUCUCGGGGAAGUCGCUAAACGUUAUGGAUUAUAUACUAAAAUCACAGGGGGACAGAGAGUUGAUUUAUUCGGUGCAGAAAAACAUGACCUUCCCCAAAUAUGGGAAGAGCUCGUUAAUGCUGGAUUUGAAUCUGGUCACGCUUAUGGUAAAGCCCUUAGAACGGUGAAAUCAUGUGUUGGAUCAACUUGGUGUAGAUACGGCAUCGGCGAUUCUGUGGGAUUCGCUAUUCAAAUUGAAGAUCGGUACAAGGGAAUUAGAGCCCCUCAUAAGAUUAAGGGUGCAGUAUCCGGUUGUAUUAGAGAAUGUGCGGAAGCACAAGGAAAAGAUUUUGGUCUAAUUGCGACAGAUUCUGGUUUUAAUGUCUAUGUUUGCGGAAAUGGUGGUUCUCAACCUAAACAUGGUCUUCUAUUGGCGAAGAAUGUUUCAGAAGAAGAUGCUAUCAAGUAUCUUGACCGAUUCUUGAUGUAUUAUAUUCACACAGCAGAUCAUUUGACGAGAACCGCAAGAUGGCUCGAAAAGAUGUAUCUUCGCAAGGUUAUUAUUGAUGACCAUCUCGGAAUUUGUAAAGAACUAGAAGAGGACAUGUCCCGUUUAAUUUAUACUUAUCAAUGCGAAUGGGCUGAAGUAGUUAAAAAUCCUAGUCGACGCGCUAUAUUCCAACAAUUUGCAAAUUCGCCGGAGACUUCAGAGGGUAUUGAAUAUAUAACAGAACGAGGACAACGACGUCCUGCCGAUUGGCCCAAAGAAUUCUCAGAAGAACCUAUUAAAGAAGAAAUUAAAUUAAAUCCGGGUGAAAAAGCUUGGAUUAAAAUUGCCAAAUUAGAUCAUUUUCCGGAAGAUGCGGGACAGGUCGUUAAAUAUGGGGACGUACAAAUUGCGAUAUAUAAUACACAUAAUAAGACUCAAUGGUAUGCAUCACAAAACAUGUGCCCACAUAAAAGAGCAUUCGUAUUGUCACAAGGGAUAGUAGGUGAUGAAAACGGGACUAUCAAAGUGAGCUGUCCGAUGCAUAAAAAGAACUUUGCCUUGGAGACAGGUGAAUGUUUAUCAGGAGAUGUAAACUUGAGACUAAUGACCUUUGAUAUAAAGGUAGAAGAUGAUCAUAUUUGGUUACAUCUUCCACCAACUCACGAACUUGAUCGAUUACUUGGAACUAGCAAAUGGAAGGUCACCAAAAAUGUGUGUAGAAUUGAUUAUCUUCAUAAGCUUACACAAAAAGUUUUUCUAAACGCUAACCCUGACUUUAAAAAACAAUUGCUGCGCCACAAUGAUCAACAAAAACAAAACCUGGCACGCCGCCCGGUAUCGGAUUUGCCAAAAGUUCCUGAAGAACUUGCAGGUCCCGUGGAAG